AUGUCCGACCCCACCUACCCUCUGUUCUCGGUCUUUUCUUUCCUCGGUUUCGUCCUUUCUUUCGUUCCUCUGUCAUGGCACCUGCAAGCGUGGAACGCUGGGACGUGUAUGUACAUGUUCUGGGCGGGCUUUGCAAGUCUGAUUCAGUUCGUGGACUCGCUGGUUUGGAACGGUAGCGUGGAGAACAAGAUUCCAGUCUGGUGCGACAUCACCACAAAGUUUAUCAUCGGUGCCGGAGUUGGCAUCCCUGCAGCUUCACUCUGCAUCAACAGAAGGUUGUACAAUAUAGCCGCCGUCCGUCAGACUUCAAUGGGGCCUCCCGAGAAACGUCGGGCAAUGUACUUUGACCUUGCGAUUGGGUUCGGUAUCCCUGUGAUCGUCAUGUGCUUGCAUGCUGUCGUCCAGGGACAUCGCUUCAAUAUUGCUGAGGAUAUUGGCUGUCUUCCUACCAUUUACGUUACGCCUUUGGCCUUCCCACUGGUCUUCAUGUGGCCUGCCCUACUGGGACUAGUGUCCUUUGUGUAUGCAUCCAUGACGUUACGGGCAUUCUGGAUUCGCCGCGUUCAAUUCAGAGAGGUGCUCUCUUUGUCGCAAUCCAUGUCCAUGAGUCGCUACUUCCGACUCAUGCUUCUGUCAUGCUUGGAGAUGGCCCUGACCGUCCCGCUUGCCAUCUACACCAUCUACAUCAACGUGCACGGCGUUCCAGUUGCUCCAUGGAUCUCUUGGGCGGACACCCACUACGACUUCGGUCGCGUCCUCCAGAUUCCUGCCGUCUUCUGGCGCGCCGACCACCAAGCGGUCAUCGCCUAUGAGAUGGGCCGCUGGAUCUACCCUUGCGCGGCAUUCAUCUUCUUCGGUCUCUUUGGCUUUGCCGAUGAGGCCUGCCGUCACUACAAGGCAGCCUUCUGGUGGCUCGUUAAGCCCUUCGGCUGCAAGCCUCAACCCUGCAAGUCCCUGCCGGGCAGCGGCCUCAGGUAA